AUGUCGUCUCCCAAGCAGCAGGCCAGCGCCCAGCAUGCCAACCCCGCCAACCCCACAAACAACAAGGACAACCCCCCCUCCUUCCACCUCGAGCUCACCCCCCAAGAAGCCGCCGCCGCAGCCGCAAUCACCCAAGUCAAGCAAGCUGAGAGUCGCAAGCACAGCAGCCCCGACGCCCCGGAUAACAACAACCACGCCACCCCGCCAGAGAACGGCGACGGCGCGUCCAGCGAUGGCGAAACCCAGCAACAGCAGCAGCAGCAGCAACCAGCUGCCACCGCUGAAACCGUCUUCAGAGACCUGCACGCCGUCAAGAAAAUGCGCGACGAGUCGCGCCAGCGGAUCGAGGCCAUGCGGCGCCUGAUGGAUGACGACAGGCGCUUGCUCGAGAGCUGUGAGAGCCUGGAGGUUUUACUGGGGCGGGAGGGCAAGUGA